AUGCAGGCGAUCGUGCGACGACUGCGCCGCCAUGGCGGCCUCCGUCGCCUCUGCAGCCACGCGGCGCCGCCGAAGGACAGCGCCAAGUUCGAUGCGCAGGCGCUCAUCUCGCGCCACAAGGCGUCCUUUAACAAAUGGGGCUACGUCACGAUCGGGCUCGGCGGGCUCUGCCUCGUUGCGUUCGCACCCGAGCUCAAGAACAGCAUGAGCAAGACGACGGCCGAGGUCGCGAGCGAGACGCUCCAGAACGAGAUGCUCCAGAUACAGACCCAGGAGCUCGCCUCGCAGAUCGUCCAGACGGUGCUCAACGACCCCAAGGUGCUGCAUCAAGCGUCGCAGUUUAUCAAGAAUCUCUCGGAGACGGAGACGACGCAGAAGGCGCUCGUGGUCUUGACAAGCAACGUCUUGAACAACCCGCAGACGAUGGCGCAAGUCACUAAGCUCUCCAAGCAGCUCCUGCUCAACCUCAUGCAGGAUCCCGGGACCAUGCGUCAAUUCGUCAACUUGAUCAAGAACGCAAUCGCCGAUCCCGCGACGCGCGAGAGUGUCAUCUCGCUCCUCGAAAAGCUCAUGCAAGACGAGCCCACGAAAGAGCGCUUGACCAAGCUCGUGGCACAUACGUUUGUGCAGGAGCCCGUCAAGCGCAGCGUGACGAGCACGAUCACGUCUUCGCUGCACGGCGUCAUGAGCAACCCAGACAUCCAAGACCACGCCAAGCAGUUUAUCGGCGGCGUUGUCCGUGAUGAGACGGUGCAGUCGCAGAGCGGCGACGCGCUCUGGAACACGAUGACGUACGUCUUGACGCCGCGAUGGGUCUCGUGGUUCUGGCACGGUGAGGACGGUCCGCCGCCAUCGGGCGAUGCGGCGCCACCGACGCGGGAGCCGCAUUUCGCCAAGUCGUAA